AUGGGCCGCCCCGAGCGGGGCGCGCUCCGGCCGCUGGCGCUGCUGCUGCUGCUGCUGCAGCUUCAGCAUCGCGCGGCGGCGGCAGCGGAUCCACUGCGCGGCGGCCAAGGGUCGGUCAAGGAGUGCGAAGAGAACCAGUUCCGGUGCCGAAACGAGCGCUGCAUCCCCUCCGUGUGGAGGUGCGACGAGGACGACGACUGCUCCGAUAACAGUGACGAGGACGACUGCCCCAAGAAGACCUGUGCAGACAGCGACUUCACCUGUAAUGACGGCCACUGCAUCCGAGAGCGGUGGAAGUGUGAUGGCGAGGAGGACUGUUCAGACGGCUCCGACGAGUCGGAGGCCACGUGCACCAAGCAGGUGUGUCCUGCAGAGAAGCUGAGCUGCGGACCCUCCAGCCACAAGUGUGUGCCGGCCUCGUGGCGCUGUGAUGGGGAGAAGGACUGCGAGAGCGGAGCGGAUGAGGCUGGAUGUGCCACGUUGUGCGCCCCGCACGAGUUCCAGUGCAGCAACCGCUCGUGCCUGGCCGCCGUGUUCGUGUGCGACGGCGACGACGACUGCGGCGACGGCAGCGACGAGCGCGGCUGCGCCGACCCGGCCUGCGGGCCCCGCGAGUUCCGCUGCGGCGGCGACGGCGGCGCCUGCAUCCCCGAGCGCUGGGUCUGCGACCGCCAGUUCGACUGCGAGGACCGCUCGGACGAGGCGGCCGAGCUGUGCGGCCGCGCGGGGCCCCGGGCCACGCCCGCGCCCGCCGCCUGCGCCGCCGCCGCCCAGUUCGCCUGCCGCAGCGGCGAGUGCGUGCACCUGAGCUGGCGCUGCGACGGUGACCGCGACUGCAAGGACAAGUCGGACGAGGCCGACUGCCCGCUGGGCACCUGCCGUGGAGACGAGUUCCGGUGCGGGGAUGGGACUUGUGUGCCUGCCAUCAAGCGCUGCAACCAGGAGCAGGACUGUCCAGACGGGAGUGACGAAACUGGCUGCCUGCAGGAGUCAACAUGUGAGGGUCCCCGCAGAUUUCAGUGUAAGAGUGGCGAGUGCGUGGACGGCAGGAAAGUGUGUGAUGCUCAGAGGGACUGCCGGGACUGGUCGGAUGAGCCUCUGAAAGAGUGUGGCCUGAACGAGUGUCUGCAUAACAAUGGCGGCUGUUCCCACAUCUGCACUGACCUUAAGAUUGGCUUUGAGUGCACAUGCCCUGCAGGCUACCAGCUCCUGGACCAGAAGACCUGUGGCGACAUCGACGAGUGUGAGGACCCAGAUGCCUGCAGCCAGAUCUGUGUCAAUUACAAGGGCUACUUUAAAUGCGAGUGCCACCCUGGCUACGAGAUGGACACGCUGACCAGGAACUGCAAGGCCGUCGGUCAAAGCCCAUCCCUGAUCUUCACCAACCGGCACGAAGUGCGGAGGAUAGACCUGGUAAAGCGGGACUACUCACGGCUCAUCCCCAUGCUCAAGAACGUCGUGGCGCUGGACGUUGAAGUUGCCGCCAAUCGCAUCUACUGGUGUGACCUCUCCUAUCGCAAGAUCUACAGCGCCUACAUGGACAAAGCCAGCAACCCCGUGGAGCAGGAUGUCCUCAUUGACGAGCAGCUGCACUCUCCCGAGGGCCUGGCGGUGGACUGGGUCCACAAGCACAUUUACUGGACCGACUCCGGCAACAAGACCAUCUCCGUGGCCACAGUCGACGGCAAACGCCGAUGUACUCUCUUCAGCCGCAACCUCAGCGAACCCCGGGCCAUUGCCGUCGACCCCCUGCGAGGGUUCAUGUAUUGGUCUGACUGGGGGUUCCAGGCCAAGAUUGAGAAGUCCGGGCUCAACGGUGUGGGCCGGCAGACACUGGUGUCGGACGGUAUUGAGUGGCCCAACGGAAUCACCCUGGAUUUGCUGACCCAGCGCUUGUACUGGGUGGACUCCAAGCUGCACCAGCUCUCCAGCAUCGACUUCAGCGGAGGCAACAGGAAGAUGCUGAUUUCCUCCCCUGACUUCCUGAGCCACCCUUUUGGGAUAGCUGUGUUUGAGGACAAGGUGUUCUGGACAGACCUGGAGAAUGAGGCCAUUUUCAGUGCAAAUCGGCUCAAUGGCCUGGAAAUCUCCGUCCUAGCUGAGAACCUCAACAACCCACAUGAUAUCGUCAUCUUCCAUGAGCUGAAGCAGCCAAGAGCUGCAGAUGCCUGCGAGCUGAGUGCCCAGCCCAACGGAGGCUGUGAGUACCUGUGCCUUCCUGCUCCUCAGAUCUCCAGCCACUCCCCCAAGUACACGUGUGCCUGUCCUGACACAAUGUGGCUGGGCCCUGACGUGAAGAGGUGCUACCGAGCACCUCAGUCUACCUCAACUACGACGUUAGCCUCCACCACAGCGAGGACACCAGCCGACACCAGCAGAGCCCCUGGGACCACCCUCCACAGCCCCACCUACCAGAACCACAGCGCAGGGACACCGAGCCUGGCCGCCGCGGCCCCAAGCUCAGUUAGCGUCCCCAGGGCUCCCGGCGUCAGCCCGUCCACCCCAAGCCCUGCAACCAGCAACCACUCCCAACACUAUGGGAAUGAAGGUGGAAAGAUGGGCUCCACAGUCACAGCCGCUGUCGUUGGGAUCAUCGUGCCCAUGGUGGUCAUAGCCCUGCUGUGCAUGAGUGGCUACCUGAUCUGGAGAAACUGGAAGCGGAAGAAUACCAAAAGCAUGAAUUUCGACAAUCCAGUGUACAGGAAAACUACCGAAGAAGAGGAGGAGGAUGAGCUCCACAUAGGGAGGACUGCUCAGAUUGGCCAUGUCUAUCCAGCACGAGUGGCAUUAAGCCUUGAAGAUGAUGGACUGCCCUGA